GGAAAAUACCGCACAAAUAUUCAGGCUUCGUUCCAAUCUUCUCAUUUCCUAGAGUCUUUCAAAGUGAUCGGACGUAUGUUUAGAAAAGCAUUGACAUUCGCCGCAACUGGAACGGAUUAGUGGCCAUGAACUUUUUGCUGAUUUUGUGCGCAUUUAGCGUGCUUCCAGCUUUUGGACGAGGAGGAGCGGUUCAGGAAACACUAGACAUUGUCCGAGUGUUAAGGGAGGUGACUAACACCAUACUCAAGACGUGGGAUCUUUUUGAAAAGAUGCCUGUGGCGGAGGUCACCGCCGCAGCUGCAAUCUACGAUAAACAGCGCCAGAUAAUAGAAAGAAUCGAGGAGGUAAACGAUCAUAUCCGGAAUUUCGAGGAGAAGCAGACCAGGGACACGGUCGUGAUCAUUAACACUCUUCUCAGAGAGAUGCAAGUUAAUUCUCAAGUGCUGCACCGGCUCAAUCAGCUAAAGGACCUCACCAAAUACAUUGAUCUUCGUCACGAUCAGCUGGAGGGCUACGAAAAUUAUACGGACAAACUGCAUCCAAGUACGCUAAUAAACUUCGCCAAAUGGAACGUGGAUCCUGGAUCCAAUUCGCUAUCCCUCUUGCUCCAACUGCUUAAUGAAUGCCUCUAUGUAGAUAAUUCAUUGCUUUCCACACCGGACUUCAAGCACUCUCUGCUAUGGGAACUAACAGCCAGUUUUGAGGCAUCUCCAGAGCAAAUGUGCUUAGCCAGGCAGUCUGCACAGCAGUUUGCUUAUCAGAUCUUCACCAAGGCCGUCUUGACGGAACUCAAAGGCUACAGCAUAAUAGAAUUCUCCUGGAUGAUACUGCGCCAAUCGGGACGUGGAAACUUCACCCAAGAAUUGCUUCUUAUGCGCGAGAGUCAUCAUAAACGCAUGGAUCGAGCAGUGGAGGUGCUUCUUUUGGUCAUGAACAACAGCAGUCGCUCUUACUGGCGCUGUGAUCCCGAAAAGGGUGGACAUGUCGAGGGCGAAACCUUUGAUCGCGUUACACGCUUCAUGCAAGGCUUCGUGGAGAACGAGGUCAACCUGAACGAGGAGAAAAGUUGCAAGGGCAGUUGCCCCGAUUACCACGAUACCCGCUCAAGCGGAUGCUAUCAGCCAGAGGAAGAGUUUUGUGGCCAACAACCCGCCUGCAAGGGCAGAAUCUACAACUGCGACCUACUCGACACGGACAUUUCAAUCUGUCUAUCAUCAAACGAUUCCAUACGACGCUACAAAUACAUAGAUUUUAAGGGCGGUGAUCAGAAUCAGCAAUGCGAUUCCCCAGAAAAAAAGCCCGCCUCCUGGUCGAGCUGGGUCUUCUGGCGGUGCCACUACUGCUUCUGCCUUUGCGAUGAACAAGGACCCAUGUCCGAUCGCUUCUUUAACCUCCGCGAUUCCAUGUCGGACUACGCGCAGAACAAAAUAGUGACUGGCAUAAAGUUCGUGAAGAAAAAUCGCGUUUUCCAUCUGCAGCUGCAGCAGAGCGAACUUCUCCCCCUCGGAUCAAUCAAUGGCAGCUCCCAGGAAUGGUUGCCGAUAGACGCUUAUAACGUAAGCGAUGUGGACAUACGCGAUGGCUACGACUACCACACCUUGACCCCUGACAGCCGAGCCCUGGAUCUAGAUGAGAUUUCAGCCAAAUCGUGGAAUGAUGUGGUCACUGGAGUUCGUUUCCGGAUUUUCAACAAACACCUCAACCUGGAGGUGCGCUUCAGUUCUUUUAAUUUCUCCUCAGGUCGCCUGAUCGAACCGCAGACAAAGAGCUAUUGGCUGGGCAAUGAUAAAUCCCAUCAUGAAGGUCAGCGUCGUAAAUUUGUUUUGAAAGAGGGUGAUUUGCCCACCAACUCGGAGUUUCCAUCGGUGCCGCUCUCCAAGAACGACCAGUACAUGGAGUUCACCAGCUCCAGCCAGCUAAAGGAUGCGGCCCAAAACGCUGUGCCUUUUGUGGAUGUGCAGGAGGUGGUGCCUGAUAUCGCAACUCCACUAGCCGGAGUGGGUAUCUACUACAAGGGGCGGCCAGGUUACGGGGGUUUCUUCGCCCCGAAAGUUAUAACUUUCGAUUUGACCAAGAGGUGGAACGCAUUUUUAUAAGUCGCAAAAAAUACAAAUUUGACGAAUUUAUUUGAUUUUUUAUAAGUUACCAAACAAAAAAAGCAAUUGUACCGAAAUGUAAGAUGUACCAUAAGGUCUACUUAAAAGAAAAAGCCUAAUCAAUCAUGAUUUAUGUUGAAGCUUGAAUAAGAGGAAUCUUUUCCUGAACAGCAGCAUUUUAAUAUUGAAUACAUGUACUAAUAAUAAAUCAGAAUCUUGCUAUAACUUUUUCAUUUAUAUUAAAAAUAUGUUAGCAGCUAAAGCCAUAUACAAUAAAAGCUGAAAAUAAAAACAAAAA